AGACUCGAGGGAAUAAACAAAUGAGCCCCGGAUCCGGCGAGAGAGGAGGAGGAAGGAGACGCGAGCCUGCGGCGCCGUCAUCGUGUCGUGGAUCUGAUCUGCGCCCCGGGGCCCCGGGGCCCCGGGGGCCGCGGGCCGGGCCGGGUCGCCGGGGAGGGGCCGGGCCUGUUGGCAUACAGCUGUCUCAUCGCGUCCACAUUACGCAUCGCUGAUACCGGCUGAAAUGUGGGCUCGCCACUGUGGCGCGGCGGCAGUGCACUACUGUGUGUGUGUGUGUGUAUGUAUGUGUGUGUUGUUUUCACCUGGCCCAGCAGCGGUGGCCAGCGUGCUGCAGAAAGUAGUGCCGCCGCGCCGCCUAGUUCUGCGCUCAUUAUUUAUUCCUAAGCCCCCCCCCCCCUCGACUUCCCCGCGACGCCACGCCACGCUCCCUCUCCGCUCCCCGCUGCGACCGUUUCUCUCAAAUUCAGCAGCACCGAAGGCGUGUUUUCGUUCCCCUACCACGGGCUACCGCUCGUCUUUUCGUUCGUGUUUGUGACGUCAUCGACGCAAGCGCGGUAGCGUGGUUGGAGCUACCGCGCUACCAUUCGGCGGAGGUGUCUUGAGUGUUUGUGGUAGGCGCUGUGGCGGGAAGAGAAGAGCAAGGAGCUGAGACGGGACAAAGUUAAUUGUUAAUUUGUAAUAACAAUGAACGUAAAUUUAACUUUAGAUCAGCACCAAUUGUGCAUGACACCCGAAGGUGCACUUGUACCAGGGGACGUGCCGGGAACUUUCAUAAUAUAUGAUACUUUAAAUAAUCGCACACUCAACGUUCCGAUGGAACAUUCACCGAAAGUUGUGGGCUUCCUGGCGGCGAAGCCCAAAACUAUUAUUCAAAAUGUUCUUGCCAAUAAUGAAGAUGGUGCUGAAGCUCCAGCAGCUUCAGAAGACUGUUCAAGUGAGAUUGGUGAGAUUUGGAUAAAGAACAGUGGGAAACCGUCCCCACUGGAUGUUCAAGCUAGGGAUGAUCUUAUUUCGCUGUAUGGGAGUGAAAAGUAUCAAGCACUGAUGGCAGACAAAAAAACAACCAAGAAGAGAGUCUGGGAGAUGCUUGCUGAUGAAAUGAAGAAGAAAGGAUAUCUCUUUGGGGACAGGGACGCAGGCAAAGUCUGCUCCCAAAAAUGGAGGAACAUGGAGGGGGAAACCUUGAAGGUUCUUGCAGCAGCCGGACCAAACAAUACUGGUGGAGGACAAGUGAAGAAGCCAUCCUAUUUUGAAGAGGUUCACGCUGUAGUAAAGGACAAGGCAAAGGCCGUUCCUAAAAAUCUCCAGGACUCUCUGGCCUCCUCCUCUUCUCAGGACGUCAGUCAGAAGAUUUCCGAUGACGAGGAAGAGCCACGACCGUCAGAUGCUGCUUCAGAGGUGUCGCCCUUCCUGAAGGUGCAAACAAGUUCCCAGCCAAAACGAAGUCCAAAUAAUUUGGAAAUUCUUAAGUUUUUGAAGGAAGAUGCGGAGAAGAAGGAUCGUCAAAAUGAAAAUCUUAUACAGUUCUUAAAAAAAAAGGCCAGAAAGGACGACAAGAGAAAGAGGUCAUUCCUCUCCGUUUUGGAGAGGAUUGCUGGAGCCAAAAAGUCGAAGACUGAUGACCAGGAGACUGAGUCAUCCGAAGAGGGUAGCUCUUCGGACUAGUUUUAGUAUUGUUGCAACCAGAUUUAAGUUUUUU